AUGAAUGGCGAAAGCCCUGGUGGAACUGGAGGGCGGAGUCUACGGUCAAUGCCAUUGGGUGAAACCGUUCUCAUGGCACAGUGCCAUUAUGACUCCGCCCACCUCGAAAUGACCCAGUCUUGUGUUGGCGGCGGCGGGACAUCUCCUUUCUUCGCACUCUUUGUCACUCUACCGGACUUUUGCACUAUCUCUCGUCAUCUCGGCGCUGUUACCGCUGCUGUCGCUGUUGUUGUUCUUGUUGUUGUUGUUGUCGAUGCUGGUGCUGCUGCUGUGAAAAUGGCCAUCCGCAUCACGGCAUCGCGACUGGUCAUUUACGAAUUUUCCCCAUCUGCCCGUUAA